AUGCUCAUUCAACUGCCGCGCACGUUGCAUACAGUGCUUGACUUCACCCUCGUCCCCGCCCUCCUCGUGUCGGGGCUGUCGCUCACGGCCGUCGUCCACCUGUGUACCUAUUUCUGGAUCCGGCCCCCAUUCAGCCUCAAACGACACUUGAUCGUCAACAUUGCCCGUGUCGGUCUCACCAUCGGCGACUUGAGCGUGUUUCCAGGUCUUGGUGUUGUGCCCCAACGCGAUGCGAGAGAACAAACUGUGCUAUCCAACUGGUACACAAAGUCCCCAGACACAGAUGUGGAUGUCCGUAUCAUCGAGCCCCUGAGCAAGGACGUCCCGCGCCUGGAGAUUAUCGAGCGAGUCAAGGGCAAAGUCGGUGAAGCUCCAGUGCCCGGCUUCAUGGUUGCGCCAGCGGGCACAGCCCUCUGGGCCCGCGCAGCCCCCGGCGAGCGCGUGGUGCUGCACCUCGUCGGGGGCGGCUACGUGACUGGCCAUCCGCUGGAAACUCAUGGGGUGUUCAGCCUGGUCGAUAUCACCAGAGGCCGUGUGUUCUCGGCCAACUACCGGAAAUCCCUAGACGACGCUACCGCGUUCCCCGCAUCGUUGCUGGACAGUCUGGCAGGGUGGCAGUUUCUCGUGCACGAGCUCGGCUUCGCGCCGAGGAACAUUACACUCGCGGGCGAGAGUGCCGGCGGGAACGCGGUGCUCGCGCUCACACGAUACCUUGACGAGCUCGAGCAGCACGGAUACACCGCUCUCGGCCUGCCAGCCGGAAUGAUCUUGGCCGCGGUGCGUGUCGCGGACCCGCUCGCUUUCCCUUUGCUCACACCCACACCCACUGACAUCUUGCCACAGCCUUGGAGCGACAUGACGUGCUCGUUCCCUUCCAUCAAGGCCAACAAGUAUACUGAUUACCUCAUGGACCUGUCCGUCUACGCCAUCCCGUCACAUACGCGACACUACAGCAACCAGCUGUCCGACGCCUACUUUUCCCCCGCGCUGUCCAUGCACGGAGACGACCCCCACUGGAAGCGCCUCGCGUCAGCUAGGGUCGCCGUGCAUGUUAGCGGGGGUACCGCCGAGGCGUUAUGGGACGAGAUUGUCGCCUUGGUGCAGACGAUGCAGGCCGCGGGUGUGGACGUGGCAUUUGCCCAGCUCGCACUGGGCGUCCACUGCGACUAUCUGAUAAAGGACUUUGCGGUCAUGCAGCCUGACCUUGCGUAUACGUGGCCAGCAGUCAAGCAGGGUUGGAUCGAGUACUUUGAGGCGCUGGAUAAGAGAGGCUACAACUAG